AUGCCCGACGGUGAUUCCUUCCUUCCUCGCAUUGAAUCGGUAUUUUAUGCCGUCUUUGAUGUUCAGCAAGGGCCAAAAAUCGUCUACCAAGUACCAGAAGGCCUCAUUGCUGUGCCUGCUCCCUCUCGCACCCUAUUCAAUUUUAACGAUAUUUCCAUGUAUGUUAUACCCCCAAGCCCGUUGUGCGGAAGACUUGUUACGUGUUCGACACAGAGGCACCGCAUAAUAGGAUUUCCGGUAGAAUUGAAGGGCCAUUAUAAGCGAAACUACUUCAUAUAUAACCUUUGUUUUGUGUUUGACCGUGGAGCAGAUCUUAGUUGCUACGAGCCUGUCGUUCGGAAAGUCAGUCGAGUUCUCAAGUCUUGUGAAGAAGAAUCGUGCUUUCUGUCUUCUCCUGGCACUUCUCCCGCUGUUCACGCCAUUCUUGAGCAACUCUAUGAGGAUUUGAAUUCGUAUUCUGAAACCUCGAUUCCCAUCGAUCAAUUCAACUCUAUCGAGCUCAAGAUAUUCCCUUUCUACCCGAAUCCCCCAUCUGUGAAAGACUGGAUGGUUCCUUUGGCUCUCAUAAACUUGUCAAAACGAAUCGAGGAUAAUUGGGAUUUGACAAUGGCAAAGGUUUGCAAUUACAUCGACGGUAUUAACCACAUCAGUCGGAUCGCUCAGUUGGCGGACUGCGACAUCUCGUUGACGCGUCAAGCAAUCUCCCAUCUUCUAUACUAUCAAGUGAUAAUGACAAUAGACAUUUUCCAAUAUUCAAACAUGUACACUCUGCGAAAAAACAUCCAGUGGCUUGCGGACGAAGCCCACGUCAAGGAUGAAUGUGGACCGUAUGUAACCAAGCCAGGUAUGGAAGUUCCGGAUUGGCCCAAACUUUUGCAUCUUUAUUCACGACUAAAAUCUGGCAAAACAAUAGUUGAAUGGAUGCAGGAGUUCAAGGUUGAGCAAUUAGGGAUCGAUGUCCGCCGUUUCACCACAUUUGGCGUCAUCAAGGGUUUUUUGCGACGAGUGCACAGAUGGCCUCCACAUACAGCGCAGGGAACUCAACCACCUUACCCACAUAACCUCAUCGCAGCGCUCGACGGAGAACAUCAUACGGAUGAACUGGGGGUGAUGUUUGGGGCGCCUUGGUGCUUGCUUGAACGGUGGUUGACAGCUGCAGGGCAGGGUGAGGGGAAUGGGGAUUACGGCCGCAUUGUCGUUCUUUAUAAGUGA